AGCUGAGCUAGGGGCCCCCGGCUCUCUCUGAUCGGUGGUCGGGGCCCGCCCCUCACUAGGAUCAGGAAGAGCAGAGCAGACGAGGGGUUCCAGGCUCAGAAAUGGAGGAAGCUUCACCUUAUUCUCUACUUGACAUUUGCUUGAAUUAUCUGACUGCUGACUUAGAGAAGUUUUGUACAGAAAGGCAGGAUGGGACAUUGUGCUUACAAGAGCCUGGAAUAUUUCCCCAAGAGGUGGCUGACCGAUUGCUGCGGACAAUGGCAUUUAACGGACUGUUGAAUGAGGCAACUGUGGGCAUUUUUCGAGGCAACCAGAUGCGCUUGAAAAGAGCUUGUAUCCGCAAAGCAAAAAUAUCUGCUGUGGCUUUCCGGAAGGCAUUCUGCCACCAUAAGCUGGUGGAACUUGAUGCUACGGGGGUGAAUGCAGACAUUACCAUCACAGACAUCAUUAGUGGACUUGGCAGCAAUAAAUGGAUCCAGCAAAACCUCCAAUGCCUUGUGCUGAACUCAUUAACUCUUUCAUUGGAAGAUCCCUAUGAAAGGUGCUUCAGUCAGUUGACUGGUCUUCGUGCUUUGAGCAUUACCAAUGUUCUCUUUUACAAUGAAGAUCUAGCCGAUGUGGCUUCGCUUCCGAGAUUAGAAAGCCUGGAUAUAUCCAACACCUCAGUCACUGAUAUAACUGCACUACUCGCCUGCAAGGAUCGCCUCAAGUCUCUUACCAUGCACCACCUGAAAUGCUUGAAAAUGACAACCACUCAGAUUUUGGAUGUCAUACGAGAGUUGAAAUAUCUGAAUCAUCUUGACAUUUCAGAUGAUAAGCAGUUCACAUCUGAUAUUGCACUACGCUUGUUAGAACAGAAAGACAUCUUACCCAAUCUUGUAUCAUUAGACAUUUCAGGCAGGAAGCAUGUUACUGAUGAAGCUGUAGAAGCAUUUAUUCAACAGCGACCGUCCAUGCAGUUUGUGGGGCUUUUGGCAACUGAUGCUGGCUACUCAUUAUUUCUUACUGGAGAGGGAAACUUAAAGGUAUCAGGAGAAGCAAAUGAAACUCAGAUUUCCGAAGCUCUGAAGCGUUACAGUGAGCGAGCAUUCUUUGUGAGGGAGGCACUCUUUCAUCUCUUCAGCCUUACCCAUGUUAUGGAAAAAACCAAGCCCGAAAUUCUAAAGCUGGUAGUUACUGGGAUGAGAAAUCACCCCCUCAAUUUGCCAGUGCAGUUAGCAGCGAGUGCCUGUGUAUUUAACUUGACCAAACAGGAGCUAGCUCUUGGCAUGCCUGUUAGGCUCCUGGCAGAUGUCACUCACUUGCUCCUUAAAGCCAUGGAACAUUUUCCCAACCACCAACAGCUGCAAAAGAACUGCCUUCUGUCAUUGUGCAGUGACAGGAUACUUCAGGAUGUUCCAUUUAACAGGUUUGAAGCAGCCAAGCUUGUCAUGCAGUGGCUGUGUAACCAUGAGGAUCAGAAUAUGCAGAGGAUGGCAGUGGCUAUCAUCUCCAUUCUUGCCGCAAAGCUUUCCACAGAGCAAACAGCUCAACUUGGUGCAGAGCUCUUCAUUGUUAGGCAACUACUUCAAAUUGUGAAGCAAAAAACAAAUCAGAAUGUAGUGGAUACUACUCUCAAGUUUACACUGAGCGCACUUUGGAAUCUCACUGAUGAGUCUCCAACCACAUGUCGGCACUUUAUUGAAAACCAAGGGCUGGAACUCUUCAUGAAAGUCUUGGAGUCUUUUCCAACAGAAUCGUCUAUCCAACAGAAAGUUCUUGGGCUUCUGAACAACAUAGCAGAGGUGAAAGAGCUCCAUUCGGAGCUAAUGUGGAAGGACUUCAUAGACCACAUUAGCAAGCUCUUGCACAGUGUUGAGGUGGAGGUCAGUUACUUCGCAGCUGGGAUUAUUGCUCACUUGAUAUCACGAGGAGAACAAGCCUGGACACUGAGUCGCAACCAGAGAACCUCUCUCCUAGAACAACUGCAUUCUGCUAUUUUGAAAUGGCCUACACCAGAAUGUGAAAUGGUGGCAUACAGGUCAUUCAACCCUUUUUUCCCCUUGCUUGGCUGUUUCAUGACUCCUGGGGUACAGCUAUGGGCAGUAUGGGCCAUGCAGCACGUCUGCAGCAAAAACCCUGCCAGGUACUGCAGCAUGUUAAUUGAAGAAGGUGGACUGCAACAUCUAUACAACAUCAAGGAAAACAGCCAGACAGAUCCAGAUGUUCAACGAAUUGCUAUCUCUAUUUUAGAUAGUUUAGAAAAACAUAUUUUGCGGCAUGGGCGGCCACCUCCUUGUAGAAAACAGUCAGACAAAUAGCAGAGAAUAGGCAUGUAAUUUAUCCUCUAAUCCUUGCAAAGUGUUUCUAGUUGGAAUGACUUCUGUUCCAGUGAUCACCAUUAAAACUUUUGCCAGCAUGACAGCAGACACAAUGCACAGCUGGCAAAUGUUGUCUUUAAUGGUCUUUAAGGGUUUUCAUGAGGAUCUAGGAUGCAUUCCUAAACUGGUCAUGUCCUGAGAAUCACUGCUGGCUGAGAAAGUUGGGAGAUUGUACAGUUCAAAUGCCCAUCUGAAAUGAAAUCUCUAAGAAUUUGUGAAUUGAGGUACAGAAAAUUAUUUCUGCUUGCUUCAUCCAUAACUGUGUUUAAAUCACUUCACCAACUCAGUAUUUGAAUAGAACAGUUUGUGCUUGUAAAGUCAGCACUAUUCAGCUUACAGCCAUGUCAUGUGUUCAUGCAUUAAAACACAACAGUUUAUGAGUAAGGUGACCAGGGUUUUUUUUUUCUUCCAGAGAUCUUUUAAAACCCAUAUAGUAGAGCCUUCAGAGUCAUCUCAUGUUUCCCAUCCACUAUCUAAGCAGGAGCAUCUGAAUUUUGAAUCAACACCUUAUUUUCCCUGGUAUGCUAAGGAAACAACCUGCUUGUAGGAAGAAACAUAGGUUGUUUUCUAGGAGCCCCAAGCAUGGGAGGGAAAGGAAUUAAUUACAAGUUUAAAAAAACCAUAAAUGCUAUUACCCUUGUUAAUGUUAAAUGUAUGUUGAACAGAAGACCGAGACAAAUAAUGGAGCUGUCCACCAAAAACAGUGGCUAAAGUGGGUAGAACUUCCUCACCCACUGGGAUUGUAUGAGACCAAGGAUAUCUGAUCACCUUAGUUAUGAAAGACUACCGAUAGCUUUGCUGUGUCAUGUACAUACUUUGUCAGUAUUUGUGCAGUAAACUUCAUGUGUAAGGCACCAUGAUACAAAAUCUCACCCAACAUCUUAUGUAAAGUCUGGUGUAAAUUACAUUGUUGUGUGGAGUAUUAAAGUUUUGCAUAAAACUUCCCAUAGUUUAAAAACAUUCUCUGAAGUUUCUCUGUGAAUUGUUAUCUAUGAAUGUUUUGUGGAACAAAAUGGAGAUAGCACCAGGACCCAGAAGCUUAGCACAAAGGAGAGGUAAUGAAACAAAUGACAAUUUGAAUUGAGUGUUUUAUUUCUAAAGUACUGCUCUUUAAUUUGCUUCAUAAAUUUAAAAAAACCCACUAAAAUCUUUUUCAAUACAAGGAAUGUAGCCUAAUCACAGAGAAGGAAAAAACUAAUUCCUGUGCAUAACAUCGUUUACAGGCAUACACAGAGCUGCUUGAGAUUUUCUUUCUCCAAAAAGUAGCAAAGUAUGAAUUCAGCAAGAAAAAUUAAAUGUUCUAGAAACUGAGACCUUCGCCUGUAGGUGUGGGCAGCCUUGCUACUUUUUUUAAACCUCUUGGAUGAACACUUGUAUUGUGUUAGUUGACAGGGGAAGAGCACAGGCAGUGAACAAAAAAUUAUUUCAGUUGCUGGCCACACUAACAACAAAUGAAUAAAUACAAAAAAAAUUUGCUACCAAUACCAAACUAGGAGAAACCAGUUUUUAUACAAAUUUUCUUGACAGCAAAUCACAUUUGUAUUGAUACUGGACCUGAUUUUUAUCAAACUGAAGAGAAGUAGACAUGUUAGUCUUCAGUCACAAGACUAACACAUUUGUGGUACAAGUCUCUAGAAGCCACCAUUAUUUUUUUUAGUCUGCAAUGUGUAUUUUGGUUGCAACAGACAUGCAAAACAAUCUAUUGUUUUGAUGUAACUUUAAUAGAUGCUCAUCUGUUGAAUCCUUAACAGGUGGUCUAUUUCUUGAAAAUGGGCCAGGAAGAGUUUCUGUGUAAGAUAAGAGUAGGCAACUCUGGUGUGACUUUGAGACUUAAGGGAGAGAUCAAAAGCAUAUUAAAGUAGCUUGGAAGCAGAGUAGAUCUAAAAGGUAAAGGUUCCCUUGCUUGAAAGCCAGUCGAAUCCGA